CAUGGCGACCGACGGUAGUUAGCAGUUUGUGCCUUUUGAGUUUUGAAACGCUGAUUAACUUGACAAUUACUCCCAUCGCAAGACUUUUAUUUCACCAUUAAGCAUUAUUUCUUUACACACAUUAACGUAUUUAUAUCAUUUAUUUGGAGAUGUAUGGUCGCGGGACGGCAAAGAAGGACCCAAACAACAAACCGGCGACAGAUGCGAGUGACAGUGAAAAAUACGCCGACCUUUUGGUGUUCGGCUACGCCUGUAAAGUGUUCCGAGACGACGAAAGGGCUCUUUACCACGAACAUGGAAAGCAUCUUAUCCCAUGGAUGGGGGACAAGAGCAUCAUGAUCGAUAGAUACGAUGGGCGUGGUCACUUACAUGACCUUUCAGAGUAUGACAGUGGGUCGUGGAACACAUCCUACCAGCUGUCGGAGGAAGAGGCCAGAAUCGAGGCACUCUGCGAUGAAGAAAGAUAUCUGGCAUUUCACACAGACCUGCUGGAAGAAGAGGCGAGACAAGAGGAGGAGUACAAACGUCUGAGUGAGGCACUAGCAGAUGAAGGCACCUACAACGCGGUGGCCUUCAAGUACACCGCAGACUACUAUGACCCCUCCCAACCCACAGAGGAAGAGGAUGCUAAGAAGCGCGCGGAAGAGCCAGAGCCUGAAGAGAGUGAAGAACCAUUUGUUGCUCCCCAAGGACUUGAGAUCCCCCCUGAUGUAGAACUGCCGGCAACCAUCAAGACUCAUAACAUAAUAGAGCGGACAGCCACCUUUGUAUCUCAGCAGGGCGCUCAGUUUGAGAUCGUGUUGAAAGCCAAGCAGGCUGGUAACUCCCAGUUUGACUUUCUCCGUUUUGACCAUUACUUGAACCCUUACUACAAACACAUCCUGAGGGCUAUGAAGGAAGGUCGGUACAAUGUGGCCUCCACCAACAAACAGGAGCAGCCAGAAGAAUCCAAUUCUGAUGAUUCCGAUGACGAUGGGGAUGGCAACUACCUUCAUCCCAGUUUGUUUGCACCUAAAAGAUGCUCUCGCCUGGAGGAACUGAUGAAGCCACUUCAAGUGAUGGACCCAGAUCAUCCCCUUGCAGCAUUGGUGCGUAAAGCCAAGGAGGAAAGAAAUGGAUUGGCCGCAGUACAAACUGGUGCUGAGGAAGUGACAAAUCCUGCCGUGUCCAGUACAGUAACACAGUACACAGCUGACCAAAAUUCAUCUGCCGUCUACUAUGGCUAUUACAUGCUUCCGGAUGGAACAUACUGUGUAGCCCCACCACCCCCAGGAGUGGAUGCCAGCUCCUACUACAGCAAUGUAACCUCAUCUGGGAUGACUCCCACAACUGCUUCUGCAGCCUUUCUACAUUCAUCAACAUCCACCGUGUCUGAAAACAUUGCCAUGGAAACACCAGGUGCUGACCCUUCUCAGGUCACCACCUCUGUUGCUCCUGUCACCAUUGCAGGAAUCAGCAAUUUCAAAGCUGAAGCUCCAACCGCCACGGCGGCAGCAACACCCGCUAUAAUCCCCCCACCAAUGGACAUCCAGGCAGUCAUAGACAAACUGGCUGAGUACGUCGUCAGGAACGGGGUCAAAUUCGAAGCCAGUGUGCGUGCCAAGAAUGAUCCACGGUUUGACUUUCUGCAGCCUUGGCAUCAGUAUAAUACCUAUUAUGUGUACAAGAAGAAUUACUUCAUCCAAAAAGAAGGAAAAGGCUUGUCACAGAUGGGUGAAGGUGGAAAGCUCCAAUUGGAUGAGUCUGGCAGUGAUUCUAAAUCAAACAAAGCUUCUUUUGCACCAAUUUGUUUUGCCAUCAAGCCAAAGGAAAAUGAAAUGCUGCCACUGGAGAAAAACCGAAUUAGGUUGGAUGACGACUCAGAUGAGGACAAGUUGCUUGAAGGUGAGAGGCUGCAAGCUAUAGUAGGUGAUGGUCCUGAACUGGUUGAAAAGGAACCUCUACCAGUCAGUACACCAGAGGAAAAGAGACCAUGUCUCAGUUUGCAAGAACUGGAGGCAAAACAAGCCAAACAGAAACUCGAGGAUCGUCUAGCAGCUGCAGCCAGAGAGAAGCUGGCGCAGGCAUCCAAAGAGUCCAAAGAAAAACAGCUACAGGCAGAGAGGAAGAGGAAGGCAGCGCUGUUCCUCCAAACUCUCCGCAACCCAUUAACAGGGGAGCCAGAGGCCAAGAAAGCUCAACUUGCCUUAUCCACACACCUUGAGAUGCAAGAGGCGCUGUCUGUUCUGUCUGAUCUUCCACUGUCGCAAACGUCCUCUGCAACUCCUGCGUAUCUUCAGGAUGAAAGGUCUCACACGGAGAGCCGAGGAAGCCGUCGCAGCAGGGAGGCGCCGUCCUCAUCACACUACUCUACAUCUCGAGGCGCAGAUAGAGACUCAAAAAAAGGCAGAUACCGAGACAGUGAUCGGGAGAGACGCAGAGCUCGAGAAGACAGAAAUAGGGACAAGGAAAGGGAAAAAGACAAAAAGAAGAAAAAACACAAGAGGAGGUCACGGUCAAGAUCCACAUCGAGGCCAAGGAGCAAACACUCCUUUUCCAGUGCUUAUAGAAGGUCGCACAGGUCACGAUCCCGCUCACACUCUCCAAGUAGAAGGGGCCGGGAGGGCCCAUCAUCAGAACGGAGACAUGAUGUCAAGGAUCAUGAGUACCAUCAUCAGAGCAGUAGCUCUAGCUUGGCCAGGGAGCAUUCUACAUCCAGGUCCCCUCUUGUAAAAAGGAAGAGCUUCAUGUCCUUAGGAACCAAGAAAAUGGCAGGUUCCUCGGUUUCCCCUUACCAAUCACCCAACAGAGCUUUGUCCCGAUCAUCAAGCCCUGCCUCCAGCCUGGCCCAGUCCAGGGGAGCUUCUCAGGAGAAAGAAGAGCCUGUGUCCGCUUCCAUAGUGUCUGCUGUUCAGUCCAAAAUUACUCAGGGUCUGAUGGCAAAAGUACGUGCCAUGCUCGCCUCAUCAAAGGCUUUCCAGCCUCCCACUUCCUGAUGACAUCUUGACCUUCUAUUAACCAAUAGUUUAUCAUUGAUUCAUCUUGAUUUGAGUCAGCAGAUUAACUCAAAUCACCCACAUAAACUGAAAUAUCUAGUUUGACUGUCUACCCGAGAAAGUGUCUCAGCAGCUGAUGAUGGUUCAUGUCCACAGUCGUUUUUUUCACAUCUCAAAUACAUUUGCUCUUUUGCUUUUAAAAGUCCCUAAUAUUGGAACUUAUCCAAAAGUCUUGAUGCUCCUUCUAUGAAGGAUAUUCAGUAUUUACAUCUGUCACCUCGAAUUUUCACCUCCAGAACCUUUCUACAUAUAUUUUAAUUUUGUACUUCCCUUUAGUGCUAGUCUGGCCUUGUAUUUCUGUUCCUGAUCCAAACUAGUUAGUAAGGUUUAAUAAAUGAUUUAGCUGUGGCUUGUCUGUCACUGUCCAGUCCCAAAGUAAGUUUUCAUUAUUUCCCCCAACCCACCCUAACCCAAACCAAAUGUUGGGAUGAUGUUGUGACUUGGGUUUAUAUGCGUACUCACUUUGAUAGUUGACUGCUGUCCUUAUGUCAAGUAAGUAGAAUAAAUCCGGACAACUGACCUUCAUUUGUAUGUAAACCGAUCAGAUGGAAGAACAUUGUUUUGUUUGGUUUUUUUGCCUCCCAAUUUAAAUAAAUUAACUGUACUGUGAUGUUGAUAAAACCCCACAAGCCAAUCCGUUCAUUGUCUGAUGUCCUCUGGGUGUUUUGUUUUAAGAUGGCACUUGUGACAAACUGAAGUUAAACUGGGGUGCAGAAAUCUUUUUCUGACUUUUCCCCGCAACCGCAGGCAGCGUAUAAGCUCAUAAAAGAUGAAAUGUUCCGAAAGAUAGCCUGUUUAAUACCCCCCAGAGCCAUAAGUUGAUCAGCAAUACAUUUUCUUACAGACAAGCCAUAAAGGGACCCUAAAACACGGAUGUGGUGUUGUCUGUCCGCCAACAACACAACAACAACCAACCGCCAGCAUUUAGUCUUGCUAAAUAUUGCAAACACAUAAUGAAGUCUCCCAAAAGCAUGAAGGGAAAUACUUUAUGGUACAACGAAACUAAGGUUGACGAUUUAGUCAUGAUUCUAAAAGGAAUGUUUGCUGCAAAAACAAGAACACAAUAGCAACACUGUUAUAUCGUGGUGCCAGUGUCAUGCUUUGGGGCUGUGUUUCUUCAGCUGGAACUGAGGCUUUAGUCAAGAUGGAAGGACUUUUGAAUACUUCACUGUCAAUAUUUUUGAUAGAAAACUGAAGUUCGAGAAGAAAUUCACUUCAAGCAUACUGUAUGGUCAGAUCAACAAUUCUGUUGAAUGGCUGUAGACGAGAUGCCCUCGCAAUUACAAGUUUGCAAAUAAUGCCAAGACAAGAUAUGCCAUGCUAAAAAAAAAAAACAACUCAUACCCAAAGGAAUGUUUUUUUGUUUAGUUUUCACGUUCUAUGUAAACUAUAAAUGGUUUUAAUUUUCUUUAUACUAUGCUCAUGGAAAUGCUUUUAUUAUCACUAUUAUACAGUGCCACCAGAAGGUAUUUACACCUUCACAUUUUCUAGAGUUUGCAAUGUUAGACUUGUUCUAAAGCUGAUUUGAUUAAAUAAAAAAUCUACAUAAAAUAUCCCAUAACGACAAAAUAAAAACAUAUUUUCAGACAUUUGUGUAAAUGUAUAAAAAAUAAAAACAUUCAAGCAUAAUUGGUACAUAAGUAUUCACACCCUUUGCUAUGUCACAAAUACGUAAGCUCAGGUGCAUCUGAUUUCCACUGAUCAUCCUUGAGAUGCUUCUACAACUUGAAUGGAGUCCACCUGUGAUAAAUUCAUUUGAUUGAACAGCGUUUGCAAUGGCACACACCUGUCUAUAUAAGGUCUCAUAGUUGGCAGUGCGUAUCAGAGCAGAAACCAAGCAAUGAAGUCCAAGGAAUUGUCUGGAGACCUCUGAGACCGGAUUGUGUCAAGGCACAAAUCUGGGGAAGGAUACAAAAGAAUUUCAGCAGCAUUGAAGGUCCCGAAAAGCACUGUGGUCUCAAAUAUUCGGAAAUGGAAGACGUUUAGAACCACGAGGACCCUUCCUAGACAUGGCUGUCCGACCAAGCUGAGUAACUGAAGAAGGCCCUUGGUCAGAUACGUGAACAAGAACCCUACGGUCACUAAGGCGGAGCUCCAGUAUUCCCUUGCGAAGAUGGAACAAUCCAGAAGGUCAACCAUUGCUAACGCACUCCACCAAUCAGGCCUUUAUGGUAGAGCGGCUAGACUGAAGCCACUUUUCACUAAAAGGCACAUGGCAGCCUGCUUGGAGAUUGCCAAAAGGCACCUUAAGGAUUUUCAGACCUGCAGAAACAAAAUUCUCUCGUCAGAUGAAACCAAAAUAGAACUUUUUGGCCUGAAUUGCAAGCGUAAUAUCUGGUGAAGAGGCACUGCUCAUCACCUGGCUACCAUCCCCUACAUCAUGCUGUGAGGCUGUUUUACUGCUGCAGGAACUGGGCGGCUAGUCCGCAUAAAGGGUCAGAUGACAGCUGAUAGAGCAGCAAAUAUAGAGAAAUUCUUCGAGAACUUGCUCCAGAGUGCUGUGGAACUCAGACUAGGGCAUCGAUUCACCCUCCUACACGACAAUGACCCAAAGCACACAGCCAAGAUGACAAAGGAGUGGUGGCUUCAGGAGCCACCUGUGAAUGUCCUUGAGUGGCCCAGCCAGAGCUCGGACUUCAAUCCAAUCGCACAUCUCUUGGAAAGACCUAAAAAUGGCCCAUCCAACCUGCCCGAGCUUGAGAGAGUAUCUGCAGAGAAUAAUUGGAGAAAAUGCCCCAAAACAGGUGUGCCAAGGUCAUAGAGACAUACCCAAGAAGACUGCUUCAGGUGCUUCAACAAAAUAUUAAGCCAUGGGUGUGAAUUCUUAUGUACCUGUUAUGUUUACAUUUUCAAUAAAUUCGCACAACUGUCUGAAAAUGGUUUUGCUUUGUCAUGGGGUAUUUUAUGUAUAUUUCAAAUCAGCUUUACAAUAAACAUCUGUAACAUAGCAAAAUGUGGAAAAUGUGAAGGUGCUGGCACUGUCUAUAUGGGUUAGGUUUAGGGUUAGGGCUAACCCUACAAAGUAUGAGGGCAAUAAUCAACUAUAUUGUAUGAGAGGUCUUCAGCAUUGAAACUAUUUUUUUUCAGUAGAAGUGAAAGGCUUUAUUUUAAUAAUUUUUUUUUUUUUUUUAAAGAGUAGAUUACACGUUUGGGCACUGAAUCAUUUAAGAAAAGUGUACUUAUCAAUGUUAUGUAAGGUGAGAAUGUUUUGACUUAUUUGUCUUACAGUAUCCUUCUAGGAACAAUGAAUGUGCAGACAAAUUGUUCUCCUUAUACUGUGCUGAUCAUUGCUAGGUUGAGCAGGUUGCAAAUGAAGCCAUCUUUUGGAAGACUGCUGAAUUUGUUGAAUCUUGCUACGGCGAUAAACGGGUCAAUUUAAAAAAACUUUUUUUUUUUUUUUUUUUGUUGGUGUUUCUCCCCAAAUCAGCAAGAGAGGUCCCUUGAGGCAGUGUGUCUUUUGGAUCAAAAAUUCAGCAAGCAGUUCAU